CCUUUAUGUGUAAGCCUAGAAGUAGGUUUUAUCUGCGAAGCUAAUUCUGAGUGGUAUGAUUGUUUGGUCCUGGAGUGGAGUGGAGAUUCCUGGCUUGAUAUUUUCCAAAUGCCGUGUAUAAGCAUAGCGGUACCAUUCGCGAAACAUCUGGUUUGUUAGGUGCAUUCAAAACAAGAUAUCUAACAAAGCAGAGGUGGCUGAUGGGUGUCCCUGGCUGCUUGCACUGACUGCUCCGUCGUUCCUCUGCAGAGUGGCCCACUGUGAUGCAAAAGUGCAGUUGGAAGGCUUUGUUUGGGAAAAAACCUUUACUUCACUGGUGCAUUUGUCAGUGUAGCUACUACGACGUGGAUGUAAGCGUCUGCUCUUCAUUGCUUUUCUUUGUUGCCGCAGCGACCAGCAGUAUAGGAACUACACAGCAAAAACCGCUCGAAUUCGACGGCGGUUAUCGCGGUUAUAAAUUCGCUUAAAUUACACAGUGUCGCACUGAACCGUACUCUGUAGUAAUAUAACAUGGAAAGUAGCGAUAGUCUGCCGUCCGGCCCGCCGCCGCUUCCGCCGGAAGAAGACUGCCAAGUUCCUCCGGCGCCGCCCUCCCCACCACUGCCAGAACAAAUGUCCAGUGAUUCUUGUCGGCCACUGGACUUUGACGAGGGCAGUGCGGACGGGGAGCCGGGCGGUAUCGACGGCCCGCCCGCGAAGAGGGUGCGAGUCGGCGAUCAGGAUUUCUUCUCGAAGAAGGCCGAUAAUUUUGAGCUGCACAUCCUCGACGAAGCGGACGACGACGAUGACGACGACGACCUGUCGACAGGCGAACUGGAUGACGGGUCGGUCACCGACGGCGAUUCUCUGGAUGAGGAUGAGAUCGAAGCGAUGCUGGACGCCGGCAUGGAAGGCUACGAGAAGUCGCGGAGCAAAGAUGGCGGCGUCCCCGACCACGAGCAGCGCGAGAAGAUUGUACUGAAGCCAAGAGGGCAGGACCCGUUCAAUGUGCUACCGGAGGGUUGGGUAGAGGUGACCCACAACAGUGGCAUGCCAAUCUACCUACACAAGGUCAGCCGAGUCUGCUCCGUCUCCAGGCCGUACUUCUUGGGACCGGGGAGUGCCAGAAAACACGACCUUCCAAUCACUUCCAUUCCGUGCCUUUAUUAUCGCCGUGAGCUUGAGAGAGAAAAGGCCGUGCAGAAGACAGAGUCUACUGGGCAGCAGCCCGAAAAUGCUGAAAAUGGUGUUCCACAGAACAGUGCGCCACCUGGUGAUGAGAUAGCAAAGCUAGCAAGUCAAGUGAAGCUGCAGAGUGCAGAAGAACUGUCUAUAGAUCCACUUGUGUUUCGGGAGUACUGCAUGCGGCUGUUUGAGUUUCAAAAUAUCACCGUGCGAAGAUUCAAAAAUUGGGCAGAUAAGCGUAAACACAGAAAAAUUCUCAAGCAGCAGUCAAGACCGACUCUGCCUGCUGAUCUAAAGCUGAUCCGUUGCCCGCUGCCGGCUGAUCGUACGGACAUGAGCAAGGCACUCAGGAAAGAUUGUGUUCUGAUCAAUCCGACCGGAAAGUCGACAGUGUGCAUUCUACACGAGUAUGUGCAGCAGGCAAUGCGAACGCAUCCCAAAUACACGUACAAGGAGAUAGAGAACUCAAAGACGCCGUUCUCUGCUAUGGUUCAGAUUGACGAUGUAAACUAUGGAACAGGGUUCGGAAGCAGCAAGAAAACUGCCAAGAUUGAUGCAGCUCGAGUCACGUUAGAGAUUCUGAUUCCUGACAUGAAGGAGUUAUUCAUAGAGGAAGGCAACUCCGGAGCAAACAGCUACCCAACCAAAGCAGACCUAUCUUAUUUCGAUGAGGUGCGUGUUGUUGACCCGAGAGUGAACGAGUUGUGCACUAAAGCCGGCCAGGUUGGUCCUUACCUCAUCCUGCUCGAAUGCUUGAAAAGAAACAAUGGCAUGGGCGACACUGCGAUCGCUUGCGAGGUCACAAACAACCAACACCAGAAGAACGAGUUUACGAUGACCGUCGGCAAGCAUUCGGCAAAGGUCACAUGCAAGAACAAGCGCGAGGGAAAGCAAAGAGCCGCGCAGGCAAUUUUACAGAAAAUGCAUCCGCUUAUUUCGAACUGGGGAUCGCUGCUGCGGCUGUACGGCAAGGGGUCAUGCAAAACCCUGAAAGAGAAAAAGCAAAAGGAGCAGACGAUUACUGAACUACAGAAAGCGAACAAACCGAACAUGGCCAUUCUCAGCAAGCUACAGAUGGAGAUGCGACAACUAGCCACGCAGAAGGAGGCUAUGCAAACAAAGGGGAGAUUUGAGCCUGGUGAUAUAGUGUUGCCCUCAGCUUCAGCCACACUCAACACCAUUGACCUGUGAUACAGCGCACAAUAUAACUGCUUUUGGAUUCGUGGACCUUUGAUCAUUGACACGUGGAAAUGUUCUGCCAUGCUAAACUUUUACACGUAUAGCUGUUAUGGGUUGUGAAGGUUGUUCAUUCACUAUGUAGUUAUCAUGACAAAUUAUACUGCCAUUUAAAUGUCAAUUCCAUUGUGUGUUCAUCUGAGUGUAUGUAUGUAACUCAUAAGUACCACCGCGUGACCUUUACAAUUUUAUGGAAAAUGUGAGCAUUGAAAUGAGGACUAAAACCAAGAAAUUAUAGCAAAUGACACGAGUACUGCAUAAGUGUAAUGUUUUAUUAGUAACCAGAAUCUAUAUACGGAUGUAAACAUGUAUAAUAAACAUUUGAAAUCGA